CUGUCAAUUAAUUUCCAAUUAUCAUUGUAAGCCAAACAAAAUAAUGGCUAUUUAAAACUCGACCAAUCCAGGAUUACAUAUUGUUCUUGAUAAUCAAUAAUAUAACAGAAAAUUAAUGAAUUCAUUAGGAUCUUAUGGACCUCACUCUGUCAAUAAAAUUACACAUUUAUAAGUGUAUAUAAAGACGAUAAGAUUUCUUUUUUUUUAAAUUGAUAGAAAACUAAGAAAUAUGGAAAAAAUUGCAAGUAGUGUUAAUUUGUUAAAAGAGUGGUUAGUGCAGCAACCACAUUUGCCGAAAAAUGUUCCCGAAUUUUUUCUUUCAAAAUGCUACAUCGCCUGCAACAACAGCAUAGAAGUAGCAAAAAAUCUCAUCGAUUUAUUUUUUACAUUACGCUCUAGGGCUCCGGAUCUAUUUGCUAACAGAAAUCUAGAUGAUCCUGAUAUUCAAGAUUCUUUUGAAAUAUUUGACAUGAUCGAACUUUCAGAAACUGUAAACGACUGUAAAGUGUGUAUUGUCAGAUUAAACUCGGACAACAUCGAUAAAUUUCACUGCGCAGCUUCUGUAAAACUGUUCACAAUGUUCAACGAUCUACAGAUCUUCACGGACGAUAGGCUAUGCGAAGGAGAAAUAUUUAUAGUCGAUUUAGAGAAAUCUAAUUUGAAGUUGUUGACCAAAAUUUCUCUGAUGCACAUAAAGAAAGUAGCGGAAUACUCGCAGGAGGCCCGUCCAUUAAAAUUGAAACAAGUACAUUUUGUUAACGUACAACCAAUUAUUGAAAAAUUUUUAUUACUCAUAAAACCUUUUUUGAAAGCUGAAGUUAUUAAUAUGUUUAAUCUCCAUCAAGACAUAGAAACUCUGUACAAGUUUGUACCUAAAGACGUACUUCCUAAAGAUUACGGCGGAACUGAUUCAAAGACAAUUCCGGAAUACAAAAAAGAGGUGGAAGCCAAACUUCGUAAAUACAAACAUGUCAUCGAUGAUAAAAGUUAUGUGACUGUGGAUGAAAGUAAACGACCAAUUGGAAAUCCAUAUGGGGAUAAGUUCGGAAUGCAAGGGUCGUUUAGAACAUUGGAUAUUGAUUAGGAUGU